AUGUCACUGCCAAGCAACUCAACCGAGGUGAAGCCAACACCAGCAGCAAGAAUCCUAAACUUAAAGGCCAGGCUCAGAACCACCGGCGAUGGGGAUGCACACGGGCUACUGGAGGGGUGGUGCAACGUAACAGAGCGGCCCUCCCUGCAGGGCGUACCCAUCCGCCACACAUGCAUGCUACCAGAUCUGCAAGUUGGAAAACCGUUCAAGCAGUCAUUUUUUCUACUGAUGCCGCUUUAUCUUGUGCCUCCUGACACCCACCACACAAUACUGCUUUCAUUCUAUCUCUUUAUCGUUGCCCCUCUUCCCAAGCUUCAGACCUCGACUGCAGUUGCCCAAACGCCCCGUAGAACUGUUAUUCAUUCAAACUGA